GUUGAAGGAACUGUAAAGAUUCCCGAUUUUAAGAUUACACUUCUGCAGUACCAAACAUGCCCGUUUUGUUGCAAAGUGCGAGCAUUUCUCGACUACUAUGGACUUCCAUACGAUGUUGUGGAAGUUAAUCCAGUGAUGAGACAGCAGCUCAAGUUUUCAAAAGGCUACCGAAAAGUGCCCAUCGUUUUAAUUACUCCAACUCCAAGUAAUUCAGAGUCGGAUGCCGAGACUAGAACUUUGCAAAUCAAUGAUUCGACACUGAUCAUCUCAGCUUUAACGUCUUACCUCCUGUCGCGAAAGCCCACAUCUCGCCACCACAACGAAUCACUAGCUACGAUGACUCGCUGGUACCUGAACAACCAAGUAUUCUUGCAUGAAGACGAAAAUGAGAACGAGUCUGGCUCUGAUGCCACCUUCAGGGCUCGACACACCAGUGAUGAACUAGUCCACCGUUACUUCCUCAUGAUCGGCGACAUUGAUCCUCGAAAGUACGAGCGCAUGGACCCGCCGCUGGCGGAGGAACGUCGCUGGAGACGCUGGGUGGACGACCACUUUGUGCACGUCCUCUCGCCCAACAUCUAUCGGACCUUUGACGAGGCUCUGCGAUCGUUCAACUAUUUCUCAGAGGUUGGAGAGUGGGAGAAGAACUUCUCCGACUGGGAGAGACUGAGCGUCAUCAACGUCGGUGCCGCCGCCAUGUAUAUGGUCAGUAAGAAGCUGAAGAAGAAGUACAACCUCAAGGAGGAUGUUCGCGAGUCACUCUACGAAUCCUGCGACUACUGGCUCAAAGGCAUCGGUCGAAGUCGGCAAUUUCUGGGCGGUGAUCGCCCGAACCUCGCUGAUCUGGCUGUCUACGGCGCUCUGAGCUCUAUCGAAGGAUGCGACGCUUUUGUCGAUCUAAUGAACAACACUCAAAUGUCAAAGUGGUACUUUGCCGUGAAAACCUCCGUUCAGCAGGCAGAUGGCUCCAACAACAUCAGAGCUUUCAUGGGCUAA